AGCAGCAACACCAGCAACAGGAAGAGCAGCGCCAGCAGCAGCAACAACAGCAGCAGCAACAGCAGCAGCAGCAACAGCCAGAGCAGCACCAGCAAUAGCAGCAGCCACAGCACCAGCAACAGCAGCAGCAACAGCACCACCAACACCAGCAGCAGCAGCAGUACCAACAUGAGCAACAACAGCAGCAGCACCAGCAGCAGCAGCAGCACACCGGAACCAGCAGCAGCAACACCAGUGGCCGCAACAGCAGCAGCAGCAGCAACAGCAACUGCAGCAGCAACAGUAGCACCACCAACAAGCAACAACAGCAGCAACAGCAGCAGCAGCAGCAUCAACAGCAGUAGCUCCAACACCAGCAACAACAGCUUCAGCAACAGCAGCAGCAGCAGCAACAGCAGCAGCACCAACACCAGCAGCAGCAGCACCAACAACAGCAACAGGACCAGCAGCAUCAACGGCAGCACCAUGCUUCUCCUGCUGUUGCUGCUGCUGUUGUGGCUGGUUUGA